AUGUUUCUACUCGUUUUUCUUCUGUUCGCCGCCUCGAGCGCUCAAUCGAAACAGCUGGUACACGUGCAAACGGUUUUUCGACACGGAGCCCGCGCACCACUCUACGAAUUUUCGUCGGACGUGGCCAGGCAACACUACUUUCGCGGAUUCGGUCAAUUGAGUGAUUUGGGCCUUGCGAAUGGCAAACAUUUGGGUGAGCUCUUCUUCCACAAAUACGUCGCCACCGGCUUUCUCGAUUACCGCAUGCGACCUGAUCAGGUCUGGUUCCGCUCGUCGCCGAAAGAACGCUGCUUGAUGACGGCAACUGAGGUUGCUCGUGGAAUGUUCCCGAGAAAUAUCUCGGUGCCGAUUUUGACCUAUCCAACGACCGAGGAUGAUGAGCUUCUCUACCCACGAGUUUGCGACGAUCAAAUGGCGAUUUCCGAGAAGACAUUCGGCACGAAGAGUUGGCCAGAGAUUUUCACGAAGAUUUGCCGAGAUACCGUGAAUGCAACUCUUCUGGGGAAUUACACGAGAGACUACUUGGAAGCGCUCAAAGUUGAGAAGUACGAGGGUUUGAGGGUGCCCGAUUGGGUGAGAAGCUCACCCGGCGCUGAGGAGAUCGAACAGUGUUUUUAUGAGUUUAUGCACAACUUGUGCGGGGUGGGACGUUGGAAAAACGUGGAGGUGAUCAAGACGAAAACCGGUCUACUCGUCAAUCAUUUGCUGUCGAACGCGAGCCGAGCCUGGAGAUGCCACACGAAUACCAGUAAAGAGGGCGAUCAUUGUGCUCAUUUCCAGAAGUUUCACGCCUACAGCACGCACGAUUCCGUUGUUCUUCCGCUGGCCGAGUCGCUGGGGAUAUUGUCAGCGUUAAACAAUCGUUUGCCGGAAUACACGAGCGGCAUCAUCAUCGAGUUGUGGGACCAAAAUGGAUCACCGUAUGUGAAAGUCUACUAUCGUAUGUCGCCGCGAAGCCAUGAAGUGCUCGAUGUAUCGAGUCAAGUGCGAAAAUGCGAAACGGAUGAGUGCCCAUUGGCUGUCUUCAUCUCGUGUUGUGACGAGUACCGACUUGAAAAGCUCUCCAACGUGUGCUCAAAUGCGGUUAAGGAUGGACCAAAAUAUGGUCUCCUCUUCUGGAUCUUUGUCGCUUUAACACUGCUGCUGCUCAUCGUCGUCAUCACCCUUGCCGCACUCUUCAAAAAGGAACGCGCAAAGAAUUCGUAUCGAGUACUUGCAAAACUGAUUCCAGGCUCCGAUUUCAUCAAGACAUCGACGGGAAAAGAGUCAGUGAAUGCCACUCUCGAGGUUGCCUAUGUGAUGUGCCAGGCGAUCAAGCGCUGGCACGAGUUGACCGGGGAAAAAGUCGGAUUCAAACCGGCUGGAGGGAUCAAGACGACCGAGGAAGCACUUGAAUAUGUGGCACUAAUCAAGGAGAUACUGGGCGACGAGUGGCUGAACCCGGAGCUGUUCCGCAUCGGCGCCAGCAGCCUUUUGGACGAUUGCCUCAAACAUUUG